UAAAACAUUCAAAAAAAUAAAUAAAAGCUUCCCAGUUUUAGACAGGAUACGCGAUGAUUAGCAUAGUAAUAAAAUGUAAAUCCUAAUUACAUGUCGUCAGUAUAAGUGCGUUGGGCACCUUUAUAAUAUAUUUCCCUAACUCUUUUUUUUUUUUUUUACAGCUUUUUAUCCGGGGAUGUGUCUGGGGAUGUUGUGGAUCAGCGCAGCCGCCUGGCGCACAUCCCUCACCUGCCUCAGCUGCUCUCCUCCGACUCACAUCCUGCCUGUCUGUCUGUCUGGGAGGGAGAGGCAGAGAGAGAGAAUCGACUCAACAGACUCCCGGAAUCCACAUUAUGCGCGAUUUACGCACACGCUUCUCUACUUUUACGCGUCGAUUUUUUUUUUUUCGUUUUUGGGGAAAACCUAUUUUACUUUCAAGAUACGUUUUGCGAAAAGAAAACUACAGAUGGAGUGAGUUUAAAGUUGCGCUUUAAUUUUUCAAAAAACUUUGUUAAUAUGGAAAGUUUCACGGUAUCGAAAAAGUAGCAGUUAAAUUAUUUUCUUUUUCCUAGUUCGUGUAACUUCAGUACAAUUUUACAGAGACUUGAGCACAAAACAUAAGGACUUGUUGAAGAAGAGAGGAAGAAAAGGACAUCUUUGGAUUGAAAAGAAGGAAAGACAAGAAAAAUCGAUACAAUCUGGAUUAAUAGAUGUACAUGUGAACGUUUCCCCCAUCCGAAUUGAUUUCGUUCGGACAAGGGGAGACUUUCAUGGAUGGAGGUUUUAUGUGGGACCCGCUAGGAUGGACGUGGUAGAUGAAACAGAAGCGUUACAGAGGUUUUUUGAAGGUCAUGAUAUUACCAGUUCUCUGGAGCCUGCCAACAUUGACACCAGUAUCCUGGAAGAGUACAUCAGCAAGGAGGACGAUAGCGCUGACAUCUGUUUCUCUGAGGUCCACAGCACCCCAGGACCAAAUUACUCAUCUCCUCAGGCGGGAGUUUCCUCCUCUGGAGGGUUGGGGUGUAGUGUGAGUCCCCCUGUUCCGCUUCGCCAAGGAGUUCCUUCACUCGGGCCCCCAAGCUGUCAGAGCACCUACCCUCAGGUUCCCUCCCUAGGGCUCCGACAUAACUACCCCUGCCUGGGACAGCAGCAACCACACCAGCAGCAUCAGCAACAGGCACUCGUCAAGCCUGAGCACAGGGGCCACUACGCUCCAGGGACAUUACCUGAAUCUCCACCAGACUCAAGCUCAGAGCCAUACUCCCCUCAGCAGGUGAAUGAUCAUCAUAUGAUCAGGACCAUGACCCCAGAGAACAUGUGUCACAUGACUCCCACCCCACCCCUGCCGUCACACGGCCACUAUCCCAACAUGCACCGGGACAUGUACCUGAAGCCUGAGCCCAUCAUAACGCAGUACCCUAUUGGACCAGCCACAAGCGGGAGCGGGGACAUGCAGCAGACACAGAUGCUCCAUCAGCUGCUGCAGCAUCCUCAGGGGCAAGAAGGCAUCCCCGUCCACCAGGCGAAGAAGAGGAAGCACUCUGACUCUCCAAACAGCACCUUAAAUUCCCAAAUCCUCACAGGUAUCAUCAAGCAAGAACCAGGGUUGAUGCAGGAUGCGGACAACGCCUACCUGGACCCAAACUAUCAGUGCAUCAAAUGGCAACCCCACCAGCAGAACAAAUGGACACCACUUUACGACGCCAACUGCAAAGAGCUUCCGAUGCCAACGUACCGCGUAGAUGCCGACAAAGGCUUCAACUUCUCCCUGGCUGAUGAUGCCUUUGUUUGCCAGAAGAAAAACCAUUUCCAGGUUACUGUGUACGUCGGAAUGCUGGGAGAUCCCAAGUAUGUCAAGACGAAUGAAGGCCUGCAGCCCAUUGAUUGCUUCUACCUCAAACUCAAUGGAGUAAAGGUGAAGAAAGGACACAAGGUGGAAGCAAUGAAUCAGACAAUAAGUGUGGAGCAGUCUCAGUCUGACCGCAGCAAGAGGCCCUUCAAACCAGUGCUAGUCACUUUGCCUCCAGAGCAGGUAACAAAAGUCACAGUUGGGCGGCUCCACUUUAGUGAGACCACAGCAAAUAACAUGAGAAAGAAAGGCAAACCGAAUCCCGAUCAGAGGUAUUUCAUGCUGGUGGUAGCACUGCACGCGCAGUCCCAUAGUCAGACCUACACUGUGGCUGCCCAUGUAUCUGAGAGGAUCAUCGUCAGGGUAACGUCUGGCCAUGCAUCCAAUCCAGGCCAGUUUGAAAGUGACAACGAGGUGCUGUGGCAGCGAGGCCAACUGCCCGACUCGGUGUACCACCACGGCAGAGUGGGCAUCAACAAUGACCGCCCAGAUGAGGCCCUUGUUGUCCAUGGAAAUGUGAAGGUCAUGGGCUCCUUGGUACAUCCGUCUGACAUCAGGACUAAAGAAAAUGUCCAGGAGGUCGACACCACAGACAAUUUAAAACGCAUUUCCCAGAUGAGGCUUGUCCAUUACCACUACAAGCCUGAGUUUGCUGCCACAGUGGGCAUAGAGAACACUGCAGAGACUGGAGUUAUUGCCCAGGAGGUUCAGCAAAUCUUGCCAGAAGCAGUAAAGGAGGGGGGAGAUGUGGUUUGUGCCAAUGGAGAAACUAUUCCCAACCUCUUAGUUGUCAAUAAGGAGCGCAUCUUCAUGGAGAAUGUUGGAGCUGUCAAAGAGCUCUGUAAGCUCACAGAUAACCUGGAAACCCGUAUCGAUGAGCUGGAGAGGUGGAGUCGGAAACUGGCCAAGCUUCGUCGCCUGGACAGCAUGAAAAGCACCGUGAGCGGAGGCACAGUGAGCCAAGCAGGAAGUUAUUUCAGCAGAACUGGAAGUGGCCCCCUCAAGAAGAAGACAGUCAAGCCUGGGAGCAAGAGCUCGCCUUCAGAUCCAGGUUGCAUCAGUCAGAGGUUCAUGCAGGGCACUAUUUUGGCUCUGGUCAUCGUCAUGGCCUUCAGCGUCAUCUCAAUGUCUGUCCUGUACAUCCUCACUCUCCAUCACAGAGGGGACGUCACAGGGAAAGACAGCUAUGUGUCUUCCUGUGUUUUCUACAUCUCUUGGAUGCCCAUCUUCACUGCCUCUGUAAAUCUCUGUUCUCCUGUCUGCACAUGGUCAGGAGCGGCUCUGAGAUCCUCCCACAAGACUCUCUAUGGCCCCCUGUCCCCCACACCUGCACCAGCAUCUUGCUGUUCUACCACAGCUCUAAACAACCAAUCAGCAACCACUUUAACACCAAGUAAUAACCAAUCUACUACAGGUUUGAACAGCCUCAACCCCACACCAGGCACUGUUAAUAGGAAGGCUAAGUCCAUGCAAAAGGACAAGGACGCUCACAAUAGAAACCGUUUGAGUCACACCUCAACACCCAUGUACUUGGGCAAGUCCAAGAAGCCUGUCUCCACAGAUCUGGAUGGGGUGGGGUCCACCAACCGCCUGCCAGGGGGGCCGCAGCCUGUGCCACGAAGACAACGCAGCCUAACUGAAAAGGGAGGAAAGGGUGCUCCCUCCCUUAUUGGAGUCCAUAUUGUGGAAACAAACUCAGAAAUAAUCUCACAAAGCUGUACAACAGCAGAGAGCUGCAGUUACACAAUUUCUCUUGAUGGACUGAGAAACUCCUCUUUCUCUCACAUUACUUUGAAUAUGACCUUCACAAGUAGCGUUUGGGCAAAACAGUGUGGAACCAUCAAAGGACGUUUGUGCCACAACCACACAGAAACAGAGCUAUACGCUGCACAGAGACCAUCAACAAAGGGGACUCAUCACCUGUGGUCGGUGCCUGUGUUGUCUUUCCAAGUGGUCAGAUAUCACCUUCGUUUAUCUCUGUCUAAUGAAGUAAGUUGUGCCACUGAAGAAAACAGAUCAACGCUCUUGGAUUUCUAUUUUGUCAUUCAGAACAGUUGUAUGUGAGGAGGAGGACCACUGCCUUCAUUCUGCUCCCUUACAUCUCUCCUAUAAAUUUCCAUUUGUAUGUUGUGAUGUUAUUGAACUUAUCCACUGUAAUACUCUCCAUAUGUUUACUUUUCCCUGUGACAACUGGAGGUUAAAUUCUGAAGAUAUUUCAGACGACCCUGCUUAAUUGUAAAAACAAAACCCAUAUGUACAUAAUUGACCUUAUUACUGAUCAUUGUGUCUUCCAGUCUUAUCUUUAGCCAUAAUUACCUUUUCAGCAGCUUUAAAUGCCAUUAUUAUGAUGAGGUGUGUGUGCAUUGAAACCAGCAUCUACAAAAACAUAUUUCAGUAAUUUUAAACACUGAAGGGGACAUCAUUGAAUUCUCCUAAACGCCUCGCAGUAUAAACAUACCUCAGUAGUGCACACUGGCAAGUUCCCUUUGAGGCUUUGUGUCCACUGUUUGCAUGUUCUGCAUUUGAUGUAAUUGGCUGUCAAACUAAUUGCAGACUCAUAUGUGAUGCUCAUGAAUCAAAGUUGCAUGCUGUAAAUUUAAAACCCACCCGUCAAGUAAUAUUUGGAAAAACCCCUGGAGGACUGUUUGUUCAAAAUAAUUCAGCAAACACAUGGCAUUAUGAUGUAGAUGCAGCUCUCAUUAUCUUACAGUGAAAAUACAAUAAAGUCCAACACUGACAAUAUUUCACAAAACACUGGAAUAGCUUACACUGUAUUUCCUUAACUAGGCAAUGCUGGUACAGCAAUAAAUGACAAAAAUCAAUUGAGGUGCAUUCCCAAUCCUUUCUCUAAACUAAUACAUCACAGCUUGAUUUGCUUUUUUAUUUCUGGAUCAUAGAGCAAAAAGAAACUGAUUUGCUCAGAAAGGCAGUGAUCAUUAUGAAAAAAUUCACACCAGAUAUAUUGUGUUUUCAAAUGUUUCUAUUCAACUAAGACUAUGCAAUGACAGCUUGUUUGAUAGAGCUGAUAUAUGUAAUGUUUGCUUUCUAAAUGGCCUUUUUCUAUUUCAAAGAAUUAGUUUUUAAAACAGACAGCAUGCUUUAUUUGCUAAUAAAUCUGUAUGGUUCUGUAGUCCAAAAUCCAAACAACACUGUAACUUCAAUGUAACGUCAACUAUUAAUAGGAAAAACAGCCAUUAGACAAAGAUCUCAGAUUUUAUGAUGUGAUAACUGUGUACAAUAUUUUCACAAUACAUUUGUUGGUCAUUUGUACAAUAUUAGCUAAUUUAUAAUGCACCAGCUGUCAUAUUGAAACCACUGUAGCACUUUUUUGCACUGAAUAUAUGAACUGCUCUUUUCCCCCUGUCUCCAGAGUGUCAGACUGGUUUCAGGUAGACCAACUGCAUUUUGUGUAACUGUACUGCUUUAUUUCACUAUUACCAUUUAUUCUUUCUGUUUGAUGGUUUUGUUGUUUUGUCUUCAGUAUGUUUUUAAUGCAUCAGUAAUAUAUUAACUAUUAUCUUUUUAAAAGCUGAGCAGUUAUUGGUAAACUUGGGCACACGUAAAUACCCAUCUGUAAUUUUAGCACUAUGAGAAAAUAAACAAUGCUUAAAUUUACUGUCUGGAUUAAUAUGACUUCCCAAUGGCAUUAUGGUUUUAAAAAAUGCUGUAAAACUGUAAUUGCAUGCAGUAAAUAAAUUGGUUACUG